GUGCAAGUGGGGUCUCUCCUAGUUUAAAAAUUGUUCUUGUCCAUUUGGAAGAAAAAAAAUGCUUAUAAAAGUUUAUUAAACUUAAGUGUACUACAAUUAGAACCUCAACACUAAACUCAAAAUAAAUAACAACUUAAGAAAAUGUCUGGAAGGAACACUAUGAAUCGAGCUUCAAACUCAGGUCUACGUAACACUGGCAUUGACACAGAGGCCGAGCAACUAGCCAGGCGGCUGCACCAUUUGCACCUCCCUGUCGCCAAUGUGACGAGAAUCAUGCGCCAGAUUCUUCCGCAGCACGCAAGAGUCACAGACGACACGAGAGAGACGGUCCCACAACUUGUGACCCAUUUUAUCCACCACAUCACUAAAAAAGCUAACGAACGUUGCCAAAGGGAGCAACGGAGGACUGUGACAGCUGAGGAUGUUCUUUGGGCAAUGAACAAAAUUGGGCUGACAAACUACGUUGGGCCUCUUACGUUGUAUCUCCACAAGUAUCGUGAACAGGAAGCUGAGAGUUCUUUGAACUCACGCAAGUCCAAUAUUAUGAGGCCUAAUUUUGAACUUGCUCUUGCACAGCCAACUGGGUCAGCCUCAGUUUUUCCAAUUAACUGUCCACCAAUGCAGACUUAUUCGUCCCCUUAUUUUCCUCCGAAUGGGUUGUUCUAUGAUCAUGCAGCUGCCACGAUGAGAGGCUUUAAUAUGAAUUUCAGGAAUGAAAUGGUGGUAAAUGAUGAUAGUCCCGCUGAGUCUUCGUCUUCUUCAAGUUCUUCUAACUAUGGUUUGCCUGGGAUUAAUGAUCCAUAUGGACAGUGAACUGAUGAUGAGUACAAGAAGAUGACUGGCAUGAUCAUAUAUCCCAGCUGGAAUAAUGCUUUAUGUUUUUCGUUUAAACUUCGUUGUGACUGUAUCUUUUCAAGUAUGUAUGCUUUUAAUUUUCCUUGUGUACUAAUAAGCUACCUGGAUAAUAAAUAAAUGUGAUGUUAAACAUUUCUCUAUGUUUGAACCUGGACA